AUGUUGUACCCCAAAAAAAAUUGGACCCAAAUUGGACGAGCAGACAGGAGCCAUAUGCUCCAUCUACAGAUUGGAUCGAAGCAAAGCAACUUUGACGAGCUAGAGCAUCAUUUGUAUGAGGUCUCAACACCAGAGAAUAGCCGUUACGGCCAGCAUCUCAGCUUCGAGGAAGUCAAUGAGCUGGUCAAGCCCUCAGAUGAGACUCUCGAUCUCGUGCACGAAUGGCUGUUUGCCAAUGGAGCCAGCGUUUUCGAUCAUUCUCCGGCAAAGGAUUGGGUCAAUAUCUACGUCGAUGUCGAAUCUGCUGAGCGUCUGCUCGAUACCGAAUACUCUGUGUUUGAGCACGAGGACGGCGCAACACUUAUACGAACGCCUGAAUGGUCACUGCCCCUUCAUUUGCAUGAUCGCAUCGAUACAAUUCAGCCGACCACCGCAUUCAUGUGCACUCCGGCGCAGAGCACGGACUACAAGCAGUUUGCAUCACCAUGGAUACCACCCGGAUACAAGCCUCCAACCAACGAGACGAUUUCCAAAGUUUGUCAGUUCUUCCCAGUGAAGAUAGAGUGCUUCAGAACUUUAUAUGGAACAAUCGAUUAUGUACCUAAAUUCUUAGGUAUUAACAAGAUUGGUUUCAACAACUUCCUCAACGAAAUGCCUAUUCGCCCAGACAUUCGCCUGUUCUUGGAAAAAUAUCGACCGGAGGCCACUGGAGAGGCUUAUACCUUCAAAUCUGUGAAAUUGCUGGAAGCCAAUCUCGACGCGCAGACGAUCCUCGGAAUGGUUUACCCAGCACCAGUAUAUUCUUACUCUACUGGCGGCUCGCUUCAAUACAUCCCAGUCUCAGAAACAACAUCAGACACGAAUGAGCCCUACUUACAAUCUUACGGAGAUGACGAGCAGACCGUUCCAAUAUCUUAUGCUCAGCGAGUUUGCCAGUCGUUUGCUCAACUAGGUGCUCGCGGAUCCGCUCUUCUGGUCAGCAGCGGUGAUGGUGGAUUGGGCGACGAAGAUCUUGGAGCUUGCGUAACUAAUAAUGGCAAGAACAACUCAACUUUCUUGCCCGAAAUCCCAGACGGAAUUGGAUCAGAUGGGAACAAUUACGGCUAUUAUGCAAGCGGAAGUGGGUUCAGUUAUUAUUUUGAACGGCCUUGGUAUCAAGACGGUGUUGUUGGUAAGUACGUUGAGAACUUGAAGGGGUUAUAUGCUGGUUUAUAUAACAAGAAUGGAAGAGGGUAUUCCGAUAUUUCCGCUCAAGGGCUCUACUUUGCUUUUGCCUGGAACCACGCUUUCUCGUCCAUCUCCGGGACAUCUGCAUCGACACCUUUGGCUGCUAGCAUCAUCUCGCUCGUCAACGAUGAGUUGAUUUCCUGUGGCAGGCCUCCUCUUGGCCCUCUGAACCCUUGGUUGUAUUACAAGGGAUAUAAAGGAUUUACAGAUGUCAUCAGCGGAUACACUUCGAAUUGUGGGACGGCUGCAUUCCCAGUUACUAAGGGAUGGGAUCCUGUAACUGGUUUUGGGACUCCGGUUUUCCCAAAGUUGGUGGCGCUUGCAAAGCAGCGUGAGGUUUGUAUGAAACAUUGA